CAUCUUUCCUUUCUUUUUCACUUUAACGGUGAAGGUGCAACAGUAAUCGGUCGUCCCGAAUCCGGGUUCAUCCGACACCCUCACUUAUUCAAGCUGAACUGAACUCAAUUUCUACAAAUCCAACAUGCCUCCCAAAUUCGAUCCCACCGAGAUUAAAGUUGUGUACAUGAGGUGCACAGGAGGAGAAGUUGGAGCCACUUCAGCGCUGGCCCCAAAAAUUGGACCACUUGGUCUGUCUCCCAAAAAGGUUGGUGAUGACAUUGCCAAGGCAACUGGUGACUGGAAAGGCCUGAGGAUUACAGUCAAGCUGACCAUCCAGAACAGACAGGCUGCAGUUGAAGUGGUACCCUCUGCUUCGGCCCUGAUCAUCAAGGCCCUGAAGGAGCCUCCUCGUGACAGGAAGAAGGUUAAGAACAUUAAGCACAGUGGCAGUGUCACUUUCGACGAGAUCGUGGGCAUUGCCCGUGUGAUGAGGAACCGCUCUAUUGCCAGGGAGCUCUCUGGAACCAUCAAAGAGAUUCUCGGUACAUCCCAGUCUGUGGGUUGCACAAUUGAUGGCCGCCCUCCCCAUGAUGUCAUUGAUGACAUCAACAGUGGAAAAGUGGAGUGCCCAUCAGAGUAACAUCAAAUGAAUAAAGUUUUUCUAAAAUGAA